AUGUCGAUUCGCCCGCUGUCCAAUGUCCGCUGCCUCGAGUUCCCGAAACCGUGGAGUAAUGACGAAAAGUUCCCCUUCCUGAUCGCUUCCAAGUACCGGGCAAAGAUGGCACCUCAACGUGGUCAAACAAGCCUAGCGGCCGGAGCUAAAAGGAAGAUGAGCUCCAGGGAGUGCCGAGUCAAGUGUGUCUUCGGGCCGAGAUCCCUCGUCAACGAUGGCGAUGUUUCGCCCAACGCUUGCUUUUCCUCCGUUGCUUCUUCUUCUUCCAGUCCCUUUCCUUCCACUUCCUGGUUCUAUGUCCCCAACAAACUGAUGCGUCUGUUGGAGGUCAAGACUACAAUCCAGUUUUUAUUUCCGCCCAAGACACCAGUCACUGAAUAUCGUGCCCACCUGACGCCGUCUUCCUAUGUAGCUGAGGUCUCGUAUGGCCUGCUGGCAGGAAAAGGCGUUCUGUUGACCGUGGUCCGUGGGUCUGGGCUCUGCAGCGUCUAG